UCCUGCAAACGCACUUCGUUUUUCCACACUAUUCAAACCGUUCUCCCACCUUCAUAGGGAACACGCACAAGAUUGAGAGAAGAUAUACAGUUACAGAAACACAUGACUAGAACAUAAGUUAUGUCCAUCUUUAUCAUUACACUGACUUUGGUGGUACUUCAGACUCUUGCACAGUGCUCAGGGGCCAAUCUUAAAAUUGGCGUCCCUGAAAACUAUGAUGGUAUUUUCCCAUGGUACCUGGCUAAGCUCCCUAACCUCCCAGCUACCUCCACUGACGUGGUGGUGACAGGGGACGAUGAGGGGAUCUUUGGAGUUGAGGCAGGAUUUCUUUACGCCUUGAAGCCUCUGGACAGAGAGAAGCAGCCAUCUUACUCUCUGCAGGUGUCCUUCUCAGCAUCCGUGCAGUCUCAGAGCUUUAUGGUGGAAGUAUGCGUCAUUGACAAAAACGACAACGUGCCUGUGUUUAUCGAGGAGAGCAUGAGAGGCAGUGUGCAGCUGGGACUUCUGAAAGGGAUCUCAUUCAUGCAGGUGGGGGCAUCUGACCGUGACGACCGUAACACAGCCCAUGCUGACCUGCGCUUCAGCCUGAUGGACCAGACCCCCAGGAUCCCCUCCAGUCACAUGUUCUUCAUAGACUCUGUAACCGGCGAGGUGUCUCUCACUGAGGACGGGGCUUCCACCCUGGACCCAGAGAUGUGUGGUCGCUACAAGCUGUCAGUGAUGGUGAAGGACAUGGGGGGGAAACCCAACGCUUUCUUCUCCACGGGCAUCGUGACAGUGGAGGUGACGGGGAACACCUGGGCGUCACCGGACCCUGUUCGCCUCCAGGAGAACCUCCCUGGCCCCUACCCCAUCCCCAUAUCACAGGUGAAGUGGAGUGGAGGUCUGGUAGAGUAUAGCCUGGAGGGGGAAUUCCCAGAGAUGCUGUUCACUGUCAGCAGAGAGGGAGUCAUCUCUCUCAACGCCCCACUAGACAGAGAGACUCAGGACCAGUUCCAGAUCAGCAUCGUGGUGGAGCGUCCGGAUGGCAGGGAGAUCGCCAAGCCUGUGGAGCUGAGGGUGAUGGUGGGCGAUGCCAACGACAACAGGCCCACGUUCCCUACCACACAGUACCACACCGUGGUCAAGGAGCUCGCCCCACGGGGGACGGAAAUCCUCACAGUUCAAGCAGCCGACAACGAUGAUCCGAAAACAGAUAACGUGAGGAUCUUCUACCGGUUGGUUGGCCAGAUCCCAGAGAGCCCUCGUGCCUUGUUCCGGGUGGACCGUGACUCUGGGGUCAUCUCAGUGCAGGCAGACAACCUGGAGGGAGCCGCCCCACAGUACACACUGACCAUCACUGCCGAGGACGCUAAAGGCUUAAACAGCUCCUGUACUGUGGUUGUGACAGUGCAGGACGAAAACAACAACCCACCCGUCUUCACUCCACACGAGUACGGCCCCUUCCACCUGGCAGAGGAUGCUCCUUUGGGAGCCACGGUAACGGCAGUGUCAGCGUGGGAUGCUGAUGAGAGGGGAGGAGACAGCUGGCAGGUGAAUUACAGGCUGGAGUCUGGCAACGAGGAGGAGGUGUUCAUGCUGGUCACAGACAAGCAGACCAAUGAAGUUUCACUCAUCCUCUCCAAGGUGCUGGACUUUGAGCGGGAGAGCGAGUACAUCCUGGUCCUUAGUGCUCAAAACCCAGUGGCCCUGGUACGAGGGAGGUAUGGCCCAGCGUCCACGGCAACCGUCUCCAUCUAUGUGGACGAUAUCAACGAGGGCCCCAUCCUGUCCCAGAGCCACUACGAGGUCACCGUCAGAGAGGGGGAGGAGCCAGGACGGGUUAUUGCCACUAUUCGUGGAUAUGACCCAGACUCACACCCAAUUAGAUACUCGCUCAGAGGAGACACAAAGAGGUAUUUCUCCAUUGGGAAGUACUCAGGUGAGCUGAAGACUGUCCAGGCCUUGGACAGAGAAGAAAACAGCACCUACACCAUGGAGGUCAUGGCUGAAGAUGGACGGAACUCUUCUCUGUCAGCUUCAACACUGGUCACAGUCCAUAUCCUGGAUGUGAAUGACAACAGUCCGGUGUUGGUGGGAGACUACUCCUGGAAGUACCUAUGUACCCCACGCUGGGAGGACCAGGCCUUGGUGCUGGCAUCCCGGGACAGUGAUGGUCCCCAGCACGGUGGCAGGCUCAACUUCUCCCUCCGCAGUGACGCCACUGUGCGCGGCAACUGGAAACUCACCCCCAUCAAUGACACCCAUACCAACCUGUCCCUGAACAUCCCAUACCUGUCUCCUGAGGUCUACACGGUCCCCUUCACCAUCUCUGACAGCAGCUCUCCUCCCAGGAGCACCUUCAUCAACCUGCCAGUGACGGUGUGCCCAUGCAAUGUGAGAGGAAACUGCAGGACCGCCGCUAAGCAGCUGCAAGGUAUGCCAACCGUCCAGUCCACCGUCGGCAUCCUACUGGGAACCUUGGGGGUCAUAGGGAUCAUUCUAAUCGUUGUGUUUGUGAGGCUGUCCUACCAGAACCCCAAACCGCCGAGCAAAACCAACCAGGAGAGAGAACCCCUGAGGAUCUCACUGUGAGGGUACUGCCUGCAUAUGUCUCGGACUUUGCCCAUAUGGACAAGGCCAUGAUAGUAGAGCAAUGACAUAGUGAGAAUGUUUAUUCAGUACUGUGCAUAGUAUUUACCUAGUGGGUAGUUCUUAUAUUGCGGUGGUAUUUGGGCAGUGCGUUUGGGAAAAAAUGCACUUAAUUUUUCAAGAUUUUUUUUAUUUAUAGUAAAUGUAUUUGGGUACAUCUUCCCAGUAUAAAUCAACUAAUGGCAGCUUAAUGACUUUAAAUCAUUUUCACCAUUAUGAUAACAUUGUACCACCAGUAGGAGUAGUAACACCAAUCACGAUAACAUCAAUGAUACAUUUUAGGUAAAUUAGGAUUUUCUAUACUAAAAUCUAAGGUCAUUAACCCUUUAAAGAUCACUUACUAAAGUGAUAUGAGUAAUAAUUCUGCUCACCAUGUAAUUUUCCUUCAUUUAAAUAGAGCAACACCAUGGCAAGACUUUGGAUUUAGACACAUCAAAUGAUCAAUGGAAGCAUUAAAUGUAUGAUAUACUAAAAGGGUAUGAUUAGCUUGUAAUUUUAUUUAAUAGACCACUCCCCCAUUAACAGUUUGCCACUGGAGGGAAUGCUCACUAGAGGGAAAUACGCUUGCGUGUCGUGGGAACACACCUUCCAAGUUGCUCAUUAUUUUGCAUAGAACGCAUGCCUCUCGUUGAUUAUCCCUUACGUAAUGAAUGAUUUUCGAGGCGGUAACACCAAUGAUAUAAAACUGAGGGAAACAUUAUAUUAGUAAAACAUUUUUUUUUUAAUAGCCUACUGUUUUUAUAGAUCUUUACAGUAUGUUUAAUACUUUUGUUUACUUUCUAGCAUUCAAAAUAAUAGAUAGAUAUCUCUAAAUCCCCCAAAACAUGUCACAACAACCAGAGCCAUACAGUAUAUUGUAUAUAGCGAGAGUUUGGCCAAUGUAAUUUCUGUCUGAACGCGCUGAGAGACACACUUUUUGCUCCAUAGCCAUUGCUAAGUGAUAAUCAAUGCUUCCACGAUGUAAUGUUUAUUUCUGAUCGUUUUUAAAAACCUAUGAAGAUGUCCAGCGAAAGUGGAAAAAUGCAAUUUGUUGACACCACAACACAGUAGAGACUUGGAUACACAUUAUUCAGAAUGCUGAAAAUUAAAAACGUCUGUGAAAA